GUCACGUGUCACGUGGAUGCGGAAGUCGGAACCGUUGUUUUGCUAAACAAGUAGCUGGAUCUGUAGCAUCAACAGCCCGGCUUGUUUCUUUUUAUAUUUUUCUUGAAACUGUUAACAAGUAAACAGUACUCAUGGUCAGGAUGACCCAGAAGCACAUCCUGGAGGGCCAGGUGUACUCAGUGCCUCUCAUCCAACCAGACCUUAGGAGAGAGGAGGCUGUCCAUCAGAUAGCAGAUGCAUUACUCUACUUGGAGAACAUCUCUAAUGAUAUUUUCAGACGGGUGUCUGAGAGUGUAGAGAAGAACCGCCACCAGCUGCAGAGCGUCACUGACCGGAUCAGACUAGCUCAGGCCCGUGUCGACAAGAUCAAAGGCAGUAAGAAGGCCACCAAGGUUUUCUCCAGUGCCAAGUACCCAGCACCAGAUCGACUUCAGGACUACUCGUCAAUUUUUACUGGUGCCACAGACCCCUCCUCACAAACCCGCCCCCGACACCGGAUACAGAACAAACUUCGACCAUUUGAUGAGAAGGCCUUGCAGGAGAAGUUAAUGUAUUUCCCAGUGUGCGUUGGCAAUAAGAAGAAGUCUGAGGAUGAGACAGAGGAGGGGCUGGGAAGUCUGCCACGCAACAUCUCAUCCGUCAGCUCCCUGCUGCUCUUUAAUACCACCGAGAAUCUAUACAAAAAGUAUGUGUUCCUUGAUCCUCUGGCGGGAGCAGUGACUAAAACACACACAACACUAGAGACAGAAAAAGAAGAGAAACCAUUUGAUGCUCCAUUGUCCAUCACUAAGAGAGAACAACUAGAGCGACAGACAGCAGAGAGUUAUUUCUAUGUGCCAGACCUGGGCGAGGUGCCCGAGAUAGAUGUGCCGUCCUACUUGCCUGACCUUCCAGGCAUAGCAGACGACCUGUCCUAUAGUGCAGACCUUGGGCCUGGCUUUGCCCCAUCAGGACCCACACACAACAUCCCUGAGCUGCCUUCCUUCUCUGAAGAGAGCAAUGCACCAGGAUCGCAACUCCAGCCUAAUGCUGCACCUCCUCCACCACCUCCCCCACCCCCUCCUCCUCCUCCUGAGCCUGCACUUGCUUCUGCUGCUCCUGCAGGAGCUCCCCCUCCUCCACCUCCUCCACCCCCUCCUCCCGCUGACAUCCCCACAGAAGUCUCUCGAGCCCAAAGUUCAGGUCCUGUGUCUGGUGCUCCCAGCGAGGUGGUCCAGCCGUCAGACAGCCGUGCCAGUCUGCUGGAGUCUAUCCGCAACGCCGGAGGCAUCGGCAAAGCCAAGUUACGCAACGUCAAAGAGCGCAAGAUGGAGAAGAAGAAACAGAAGGAGCAAGAGCAAGCAGUGGGAGCGGCAUCUAGUGGUGGAGACUUUAUGUCUGAUCUCUUCAAUAAACUUGCCAUGCGGAGGAAAGGCAUUUCUGGUAAGGGUCCAGCAGGUGGGGAGACAAAUGACAUUCCCGCUGGUACCGGAGGCGCAUUUGCCAGGAUGUCGGAUGUCAUCCCACCACUUCCUGCCCCACAAUCGACAACAGAUGAUGACGACUGGGAAGCAUAACACAAUGCACAAUGGACACUCAAAGCACUGAUGUAAAAUGGGCAGUAAUUUUCCUAAUAACCCCAGUGAUAAUAAGUGCAAUGAUUUGUCUAAGUAAUUGAACAAAAGCUUACUGAAGCUCAAAUGAUAAGUUUAUUAAUGUCAUAUUCAUUGUAAAACAUAUUUUCAUGAAGUUAAACAAGCAGAUAUGAUCUGAACAUUCACAGAGAUUACAGAAGCAUUUCACUAACAUAUUUCCAUUAAAUAAAAGGCAUUUUUGCAUUACAUAACACUCAACAUUCGCUGCUUUAAAUAUUUAAAACCUCUUCAAGGCUAAAUCAGUCAUAUGGAUGCAUACACAAGUUCUGUGGCUUAUCUUAGUAGCAGCUGCUUCAGUAAUUAAUUUCAACAUAGUGAAUUGAAGAAUUGUUGAGGAGGCUUUCUCUUCUGCAACAUGCUCCAGACUGAUCAACCUGAUAAACUGAUAAUGUCACUUUAGCCAUGGUCUGCAUUUUGCAUUCAAAUACUUGGAUUCAUUAUUCUCCAUUUCGUAUGUAUGUUACCAGUACAAAACAGAACAAGAUGCAGACAAUAGCUAAAAGGUCAAAUGUAAUAUUAAGCAAGUAUGAAGUACUGCAAAAAGAAAAACUGCCUCUCUUGUUGACUACUGAACUUCAGCCGGUGGCACUCAUAGGUCUUAUCGGUGUAAAAUGUUCAACAAUGAAAACAUUAAAAAAGCUGCAGCAAUCUUG